UUUCCAUUCCGGUCUUCAAAGGUGAAGGUCAUUUAAAAUAUAUCGCGGGAACAUGUCUGUCUACUUGAACACAUCAUCCGUUCCAGGGGUUGUGGAACAAUCCUGUCAUUUGAUGCCUUUUGACAUUGAACAUGAUGGAAGUGCAAAUGUAUCUUCAUACUUUAAGACGUCAAUUAGGGAAGAACAAGAAGGUGAUGUCCCAAUUAGUGCCCUGACAGCAUCCUUUCGAGGUAGACUAUUAAAUGGACAGGAGAUCACUUUACCAAGCGGAUAUACAGGUAUUGUGGUGAAGGAGAACAGGAAGCCAGUGACAGAAGAUGAGGACCGAGACCUCAACAUCACACACCGGUUCCAGAAGAUGACAUAUUGGAACUUAGACAAGCUGCCAAGUGCUGAUGACCGCUUUGCUCAAGCAAUGCAGUGGGCCGACAUAGCGAAAGCACUUCACCGUCCUGUGGAUGAAGAGAGCAGUCAGAAGAGCGUGACUGGGAAAUAGUACUGGCAGUCCUGAGUGAUACACAGCAACACUGGACAUUAAGACUACAAAGUUGCAUGGAUGGUGUGCUGAUUGUAAUCAUAUUUUUCAUGAAUGUCGAGUGUGUAUCAAUGAUAUUAUAUUUCAAAGGCGAGACAUACUAUUUGGGUUAUGACUGUCGGCAUAAUCAGAUUGGAUUGUAUGUUUAAAGUACCAGUUCUGAGUUAAUUACAACCGGGAGGCAUGAGCAAGACUGGAACAAGACUACUUAAUCUAUUACUCUUUCAACCUUUCACUGGUUGUGGACAGCUGACCACGUUCAACCCUGCAAUAGGUUUAUAUCACUGCAGUGGCUCCAAAGACUUCCCUGGUCAGCUGUAUGUCACAUGUAUCAGGAACAUAAUGUAUAUAUCAACAUGUGGGUGCCUUGUACAGUGUGUUGGUUUAGGUUCGAGCAGUUGAAUAUGUCAUACAAAUAUGAUGGAUGCAUUCAUCUACAGACAAUAAAGCCAACAAGGUCAAUGCA